ACAGGGUGUAACUUGAUUCCCAAGGCAACUGUUGCCACCGCAAGAUACUCAACACAUACAUCGGUACGUCAGUAUAAUCUCUAGGCAGCACCACAUAGCAAUCCGGUAUAUUUAAAUUUGGAUUUAUUUUUUUUUAUGUGUUGUUGCAUGUUGAUUUAAUGCUAAGGCAACUACACCUUUAAGAGGAAAAGUAGAGCUCUGGAAGCUUUGAAAGUUUCAUUGGACUCCUCUGGUGUGCGAAUAGAAGUGUGAAGUAUAAGAUGAAACUACCAGCCAUCUCCAUAGCUUCCACACCAGUCUGUAUUCCUCGCGCACCUCCUGUCCGGCAAGGUCGCUGCCUGUUGGAUACAACCGUGAAAUUUCCCGUAAUUUCAGACUCCGCACAGUUUUGGAAAAGCAAUCAGAGUAUUCCCAGAUUGAACCCUUUACACCCACCAUUUGUCCAUAAACGCACCGUCAGUCUGGAGACACCAGAUGUUCACCAACACAACCACCAGAGGACACUGAUCAUGCAGAGAAGAGAGCAUUACAGAUAUCAUCAGGUAUGGCGAAAACCCUUCUAUGGAACCAGCAAUGAGAGAGAAGAGUACAGGAAGGAGUUGCGAGAGCAGCUGAAGAGACAAAUAGAGGAGAAAUGUGCAGCAAUAAAGCUGCAGCUGGCCAAUAAAAUAAAGGAAGCAGAGACUCUCCGAGAAGCAGACCGUCUCGAUCUGGCCAGUGAACGAGAGCAAAGGAUCCAGCACAGCAAAGCAAUGGCGGUGUACAGAGAUGAGAACAAGAGGGUACAGCCCCUCACAUACAUUAUAUAUCCACUAUUAAUGCUUUUGUGGUUAUGGCCCCAUCCGGUAGUGCCCUGGAAAUGUUUCAUCAUGCUCUCAGGUUACAAAAAUACAGUGAGUGUCUGAGUGUGGGUGUUUUUUUUUUUUUCCUUCUUGUUUCUUUCUCUGCUUGUGAACAGCUAAUGGAGCAGAGCUGGAGGGACAGAGCACUAACACGUUCCCAGGAGGCCCUGAAUGAAAGAGAGCUGCUGCGCCUCAACCCCAUCAACUGGAGUGGAACACUGAAAUAGGUCAAACCUCCCCGGGAGGUCAAAACGUCAGACUCAGGCCUCACUGUAGCAUGUGUGUCAGGUGGAAAAAUGGGAUCCCAAAUGUACAGUGUAGGAUCACUAAAGGAACUAAUUUUAAAACAUUUUUGGAUUACAUUUGGAUUCUUUCAAUUCACAGUUUUUGUAUCAGGUUAUUAAAAAAAAACCCAACAACCUAUCCGGUCUUCGGCAAAUCUUAAAAUCAGGUCAAUACAACCUCAUGUGAACAUAUCAUACAAUGUCAUCAUUUAUUUAAACACAAAUUUAGACAAAAUACAGAAGCAGUGUUUGACAAAGUUAGUACACCCUUAUUACUUCCAUAGGAAUUCAGAAAGUAAGCAACACUAGGUGAGCUGAUCUGUUUCCUCUUAAUUUAUUGAUAACCAGCAAGAUUAUUAGCAACAAUUUGAGGUAUAUCAGUCAGUAUGUCAGUGUGCCCCAGGGCAGCUGUGGCUACAACAGUAGCUUGCCUCCACCAGUGUGUGAAUGUGAGAGUGAAUGAAUAGUGGCAUCGUAAAGCGCUUUGGGUGCCUUGAAAAGCGCUAUAUGAAAUCCAAUCCAUUAUUAUUAUAGUAUAUGGUCAUAAAGAGUAUUCAAAAGUGAAAAGCACUCAAUAUAGUUACUAAGCUUUCCAGGAGUGGAUGUUCCAGAAAAUUCACCCCAGGGUCCGACUGCAUAACACUGAGGAGAAACUGUCAAAAACAAAAAGGCUCUGCCGACCUCGGUUAUCAUGUUAAAUGUUAAAGUUCACAACACUAUAAUAAUAAAAAAAAAAAAGACUAAACAGGUAUGACUUGUUUGGAAGGGUGGCCACAUGAAAACCAAACAUCAUUGCUACAAACACUUCAUAUCACCUGUCAAGCACCAUGUUUUGCAGCCACAGGCAAUUUGCAGUUAUUGAAUCAAGCGUGAACUCUUCUGUAUGUCAAAGUACUCUAAAGUCAAACGUGAAGCCACCCGUUUGACAGCUGAAGUUUAGGUGAGUCCAGGUCAUGUGAAAGGACAAUGAUCCCAAGCGCAGCAGCAAAUAAACCGAAUGGCUGAAAAAGAGAAGAGUCGAGGUGUUGCAGUGAAAAAAAACAGCUUCUGCAUUUUUACUUUACUUUUUGUCUGAGGUUAUAUUUACAUAAUUUAAGGAGCAGAUUUUGUAUCAUUACAUCCUGUAAAUAAAACCUUAGAACUGAAAGAGUAUGGACUUUCUUUUUAACAUGACUACAUAAUAACAAUGAUAAUGUGUUUUUAUUAUAAAGGUUAACUCGUGCCAAGAGUUUAUCUCAGUGAUGAACUACUCUUGAUUUCCGUCAUUUAUAAAUAUAAUGCAACAUGCAAUCACAGGAAAUGUCAGAUCUUUUACCCCUUGUUUUGUGUAUGUGUGUAGGAGCAGAGACUCUAACAAAGAUCAAAUAAAUAAAUAAACAAAAACAACAUGAGUGCCAGAAUUUUUAUUGUAAUGCAAACAUCGCUAAUGAAUUUUGACUCUGGACAACAUUCCACACUCGGAAAAUAAGUAUAAUUUAAAAUAAACAUAAAUAGAUAAUUGGACGGAUAAAAAGUGACGCUCUCUUCAGUGGCAAUCCAACAUGAUGCUAAUGUAUCUCCCAGAAUUACAAUUUAACUCUAAAAAAAUAUAUGCUGAUAACACACACACACACACACACACACACACACACACACACACA